AUGGCUCGCACUCUGAUCUUCGUCGCCCUCGUCCUCGGCGUCGUCGCCCUUGCAAAUGGCGCCGCCGUGCCCUUCUCUUACGACAAGAGCGGCACUGACUGGACGGGCGCGUGCGCGUCGGGCGAGCGGCAGUCGCCGAUAAACAUCGUGAUGGACGAGGCGGUGCUGGGCGCCUCGAAGGAGCUCUUCCACCUCAACUACUCCAAGGCCGCCUCCGUCGCCGUCCUCAACAAGGGCUCCACCAUCCAGGUGGUGCCGGCGGCGACGGAGUCGCACCUGCUGCACCUGUCGUCGGGCACGUACGCGCUGCUGCAGAUGCACGUGCACGCCAUGUCGGAGCACACGGUGAACGGGCUGUUCGCGCCCAUGGAGGCGCACUUCGUGCACGUGCACGUCGAUGAUCCCAAGAAGCUCGCCGUCGUGGGCGUCAUGCUGCGCCUCCACCGCGACGACGCCAACUCCACCUGGAUCACCCAGUGGCUGGACCGCGCGCCGGCGGCGAACGGCGCGAACGUGACGGUUCCCGUGAGCGCGGACUUCUGGUCGUCGAUGAUGGCGCCGGCCAUGGGCUUCUGGACGUACCCCGGGUCGCUCACGACGCCCGAGUGCGACGAGAUCGUGCAGUGGCACGUGCUUCGCAAGUCGCAGUCGCUCUCCGUCGCGCAGACCAUUCAGUUCAUGAACAUGAUGGCGGUUACCAAUAACGGCGAGCGCACCGACAACCGCGUGCCGCAGCCCAUCAACGGGCGCAUCGUCUACUUCUACUACCCCGACCUCGUCUCCCAGUAG